AUGCUGUUGGAAGCUCCCAGUAAUCCAGAUGGCGAUUCACGUUAUACACCUACGUCAAAUGAUGUCUGUUCUAUCUUACCAAGCUAUCACAUGUAUAACUCCAUUUACAAGCUGGUAACCGUUGAUAACGAUAACUGCAGCCAACCACCGAUAUACUCGAGAUCAAACUCCAUCAAUGCACCCUCCGAACGCUCUAGUUCGGCACCUUCGUUAUUCUCCCCCGUCGGAUCUCGGAGGGUGCUGACUAGUGAUGCUGUUGACCAGAUUCUCGCUGAUGAAACUACUGUACAAUGGCAAAAUACAGUAAUGGAUAACAUUCAUGAGCUUAAAAACUUAAAGGAUACUGACAACUCGGUUGCAAAAGCAACCAAAAUCACCGUCCAUUUUACCAGUAAUGUCGGGGAGAUUGGUGUCCCCCCAGUACCGUUGGAUACUAACAUUUUUGAACAUAACAGGGGGGACUUUUUGCAUGGAUACGCCUUGAUCGAAAACUUAUCGGCAAAACCAAUUCCAUUCGACAUGUUUUACUUAUUGUUUGAAGGUACGAUCAAAAUGAAUGGAAAGCCUGUGAAGAAUUUCCUUCAAAUGUUCGACUUUUCAGCAUCAUCAAACCCGGCUCAUAUAAACAGAUUAGCCACAGAGUACGCAAACCCCUACAGUUGUCCUGAUCUUCAAGAUCCUGUUGAUAAAACGUAUUUAUCCUUUACAGACGACCACGUAUUGCCAGGAAGAACUUACAAGCGUUUUUUCACUUUCAGAAUUCCAGAAACAUUACUUGAUCUGACCUGUCCCCACAGUAUGAAUGGUCAUGUUGAAGUACCUCCAACAUUGAAGGGACUGCAAAAGGUAGGCGAUGUCAACGCAAUUAGAGACUUCAGUUUCGCAGGUACUGAUAUCUCAUACGGGGUGAUGGCAAGAUUUAUUGGACGAAAGAGCUUUUACAAGGUCGACGAAGAAUGGAUCAAGAACUUUCGACUCCCACUGAUUGUCAACACUAAGGGUGACGAGUACAUUAUCCUUCAAGAAUGCACGAAACAUAUUCGGAUUGUACAGCGGUCCGAACCGUUAAAUGAAACCACCGAUAUGGCGAUGGCAGCGUUCAAUAAGCUGAUGUUGGAGAAUCUCCACAGCCGUACAGCAGAGCAUAUUAAAGAGGGGAAGCAAAAGCUCGAAUUGAUUAUUGCUGAUGAUUUCAAACAAUUGGAACUAGAAGCACAAAAACAUCGACAACUGUACGAAACCACGCGAAAGGAUCGCAAGCAGCUGUUUGAAACAGACAAGAGACAAUAUUAUGAGGUUGUGAGGUUAGCACGACGCAAAAAUUUCGGUAUUGAGAAGUUUUUGGGCAUGUUCAGCUUGAAGUCAACCAAGACUACUUACAAGCUUGACUACAUUGCACCAGAGAAAUUUCGUCAACAUUCUCGACCUAGUAAAUCUUGGAAAUUGACAAUCCCCUUGGAUUUUUCGUUUUCUAAGGGAACCAUAGAUCUGAAGUCCACAAAGAUUCCCGAUAUUUCCCAAAUAUUCAUGGACUUCGUUGUGGUCACAUAUCAACUGGAUAAACAUCCAAUUCCUUUUGAGUUCCACCAUGACUUUGUCAACAAUCAGGUCAAAAAUCAAAAGGAUGAGAGAGCUUCUGCGUACACAGAUAUCAAGGAACUUGAACAGAUUGUUGAUGAUACCAAGCGUCUUUCCACUGAAUUAUACAAUGUAUUCAAGAAAUUAGGACGGGAGAAUUUUGCAGUCGAAAAGUCGCUCGUGGAUGAUUUGAAGGGUAUUUGCAACAUCCAAACAAAAGAAAAUCACCUAAGCAUACCGAAUUUCACACUGCGUCUAAGUAAUGGCAAGCAAUUGACGCACCGCCACAUCAACAAACUUCCUUGGAACAAAACUAAUGAAGGCUGGUCUAAGCUGAUUUUAGUUGAUCUUGAUUUGGAUUCGAUGCAGUUAAAGGGAUACCCCUAUAGACUGGAAAAGGCCUGUGAUCGUUUUACACUCGUACCAAACUUCCAGCUGUGUUAUAUGGGAAGAAUGUAUUACAUCCGUGUCCUGAUUUGCUUGUCUACAGGUCAAUUUAUUCAUCUCAAGCUUCCGGUUCAUGUAUGGAAACCCUGGCUGGAGAACUGUGUAUAG